AUGCUUCACGCCAGCACGGCCGGGAAAUCGUCGAAUUCGAAGUCCAGCGGGGAUGACCGGAUCAGCGACCUGCCGGACGACAUCCUGCACCAUGUCCUUGGCUUCCUGCGGGCCGAUCAGGCGGUGCGCACCUGCCUGCUCGCUCGCCGCUGGCGCCACCUUUGGAAAUCGAUGCGUUGUCUCCGCAUCAACGACAUGGGGAGCUGGAGGAAGAGCACCGACGUCUUUCGUAACAGGUUCAUCAACUGCCUGCUGCUCUUCCGAGACCCUGGCUCGACUCUAGACGAGGUUGAGAUCGUGUAUAAUUAUUCAGAAGAAUAUCGCCAUUUUAACAACGUAUUUGAGAAGAUUAGGGAUUUCUGUGUGACGUUGAAAAGUAGCUUCCUAGAUUUUUCAAGCUGUUCGGAAUUGGUGGAUCUAAACAUAAAAGACUGCACCUUAGAUGCUCGUAGGAUCUUGUCCCAGUCUUUAAAGCAUUUGAGCAUCAGUGGAUGUGCUUUCGCACCUAAUGGUAGCCGGAUUCGUAUUUCUGUACCAAAUCUCGUUGCGCUGCAACUCAUAAAAAUUGCAGGUAGAACGCCAUUGCUCGAAAGCAUGCCAUCACUAGAAACUGCAGUUGUCAGGCCUUGCAACAUAUCUGGGGAUAACUGUCAUAAUGGUGUUCUUGGGGAGUUUUGUGGUAUUUGUCAAGGUUGCUGUGGUAAUGAUGGCCACAAUGAUGGUUGCAUACUUUUUGAAGGUCUUUCUCAUGCUAAAAACUUGGAGUUGAUACAAACUUAUCCACAAAUGUUUAUUUUCAGAUGGGAUUUGACAUGGUGCCCUAUAUUUAGUAAUCUAAAGACAUUGUUGAUGAACCCGUGGUGUGUGCAACCUGACUUCAGUGGACUAGUUUGUAUGCUUGAGCAUUCACCGGUUCUUGAGAAUCUGACACUUCAAUUGUGUAAGCAAGGAAUACGUAAAUGUGCAUCGGAAGUGGAAGAAAAUCCUGGUUUAUUGGAAAAACCACCUACUAUUUCAGGAUACCUGAAGAUUAUCAAAGUCAAAUGUGAAGUGAUUGAUGACAGGGAGGGAGCUGCCACGGCUGUCGAGGCAUGUGUCGUGACCGCUGAUGGUUAUGCCACGGCUGCUCAGCACGCCCGUCGGGCCGUUGCGAAUCUGGGUAACGUCCUCAACAUCCUGCAAGGGCUGCGGAGUGACAUUCUUGAUGAGCCGCCUAUGGGUCGCAUCGGAUACUUCUUUGGCUACGUCGACAACGCGGUUUGUCAGAUCUUUCUCGCCUUCCCGAUCGAGUCUGAAAUCAAGAACCGCAAGAACCUAGUCAAUCGCCUUCCCUUGCUCACCUGCUUGCUGCUUGCUUCGACGUACAGCCGGAGACGACGCCGCAGCCAGAGACUGAUCGCCUGCUGCUAUGCUUCGUCCGAUCGAACUUUUUGA